AUGAGCUCGAUCAAUUCUCGCCUGAAAAACUUCGGGUUCGGAAAGCGCAAAUCCACCGCCAGCAUCCAGACCCUCGACGGCGUCCCCUCCAGCAGUACCCCUCCUCCCGGCCAAAUACCUCAGAACGCCAGCCUCGCUCCCCUCACCUCGUCCACCUCGACCACAUCGCUUCCAAUGAACCAUCCCGGGGGCAACCGCCCGCCCAGUUAUACAGCCAACUACCCUCCCGGCCCUCCAGGACCUGGCGGUCAGCCUCUCGGCCGCACCAGUCCUAUGACCAGCCAAGGUCCCAACCGCACCCCUCCGUCGCAGAUGGUUGGCGGUCCUCCUCCCAUCAACACCGGUGCUCCUGUCGGAUACCCGCCCAACAUGGCUCCUGGCAUGGGCGGCGGCCCUCAAAUGGGUCAUCCCGGCGGUCCUCCCCAGGGCUAUCCUCCCCCAGCUGGCUACCCUCCUGGCCCUCCCCAGCCUUCUGGUCCCAUGGGGCAGCAACAGUUUGGCCAGAACCGCGCCGAGGUCGAGGGUUCUAGCCAGAGCAAGGCUCAGCUCAUUGUCGGUAUCGAUUUCGGUACGACCUUUUCGGGUGUCGCGUUCGCCUUUGCAACCAACAACGAAGCCAAGGAAGACAUCAUUACCGAGUGGCCCGGAGCCGGUUCAUACACCAAGCAAAAGAUUCCCACGGUUCUCUACUACGACCAGUACCAAAAGGUUGUUGGUUGGGGCCCCGAUAUCGCCGAUGCCCUUGCCCCGACCGGCUACCCCAAGCCUGGCGUGCAAAAGGUUGAGUGGUUCAAGCUGCAGCUUAUGCUGAGUGGCAACACCUACAUUGACCCCAUCAACCUGCCCCCUCUGCCCCCAGGCAAGUCUGAGAUCGACGUCGCUGCGGAUUACCUCUUCAAACUGCGCCAGGCUAUGCGCGCUGCUCUGCAAAAGGCCCUUGGUGAAGUCUUUAACCGUGAAGAGCGCAAUAUCCGAUACUACCUGACCGUCCCCGCCAUUUGGAACGAUGCUGGCAAGGCCGCCACUCGAGCUGCCGCCAUCCAGGCCGGUUUCCUGCGCGACGAAAACGACAACCGCCUUACCCUCGUUUCCGAGCCCGAAGCCGCCGCUCUCUUCUGCUCCAAGACUGGACUUCUUGACCUAAAGGUUCACGACGCCGUCCUGAUUGUCGAUUGCGGUGGUGGUACUGUCGAUUUGAUCGCCUACGAGGUCGAGGAGGAGAACCCCUUUACCGUUGCCGAGUGUACGGCCGGUUCUGGUGACUCUUGCGGUUCCACCGCCCUCAACCGCAACUUUAGCAACAUUCUGCGCACCAAGAUUCGCAAGAUGAAGCUUCCCGACGGCUCCAAGACUGCCGGUCGUGUCUACGCCAAGUGUAUCAUGGACUUUGAGAACCGAAUCAAGGCUGAUUUCCGAAACAACGGUCAGAAGUGGGCCGUCGAUGUCGGUAUCGAAGCUGAAUUCCCCGAGGCCGGCAUUGAGGAGGGUUACAUGACCUUUACCAACGAAGAGAUUCUGCAGUGCUUCGAGCCUGUCGUCAAUCGUAUUCUCGAACUCGUUCGCAAUCAGAUUAUUGCCAUUCAGGCCCAGAACAGAAUACUUCAGAACAUUCUGGUCGUUGGUGGUUUCGGUGCCUCUGAGUACCUCUUCCAGCAGAUCAAGCUCCACGUUCCUCCCCAGUUCCAAUCCAAGGUUGUUCGCCCCAUGGACUCGGUCGCCGCCAUUGUCAAGGGUGCCGUCACCGCCGGCAUCAGCGAACGCAUCAUCACCCACCGUAUCGCCCGUCGCCACUACCUCAUGGGUACACUUCAGCCAUUCAAGGAGGGCUACCACCCCGAGGCCUACCGCGUGCCCUCCCUCGACGGCAAGGAUCGUUGCAAAUUUACCCGACAAAUCUUUGUCCAAAGAGGUCAAAAGGUCAAGAAUGGCGAGACUGUCAAGGUCUCCUUCUUCAGACAGGUCGCCCCUGGCGCCACCCUCAUGUACGAGGAUGUCCUCUACGCUUGCGACGACGAUGUCUGCCCCGAAUACACCAAGGAUCCUCGCAUCAAGGAAGUCGUCACCCUCACAUCCGACUUGUCGCGCAAGAAUCUCGAAAAGGACUUUGAGCGCAUGGACACACCACAGGGAACAUUUUACCGUGUGUACUUUGACAUCUAUCUGACUCUCGACGGUUCCGAGUUCAGCACCGAGUUGGUUUGCCAAGGCGAGGUUAUGGGCCGCUGCCGUGCCCGCUUCAGCGCCAUGAAUUAUACAAAGAGGAAGAAUUGGAUGUAUUUGCAAGCACAUGUCGGGCUGCAUAUGAGCACGUUAUAG